GGCCGCGGCCGGGCCCCACAGGAGCAGCCGCCCGGGCGCCGGAGCCGCGGGCAGCGCUGCCGGGAUGAGCACCAGCGCGCUGGGCGGCGGCGGGGACAGUGGCAGCAGCAGCAGCAGCUCGCAGGCCUCCUGUGGGCUCGAGUCCUCAGGCUCCGAACGGGCCCCCGUCGCGCCGGCGCCACGGAUACUACGGGGGCUACUGGGCUCCGACGACGAGGAGCAGGAGGAUGCCAAGGACUACUGCAAGGGUGGCUACUACCCCGUGAAGAUCGGGGACCUGUUCAAUGGGCGGUACCACGUGGUGCGCAAGCUGGGCUGGGGCCACUUCUCCACCGUCUGGCUCUGCUGGGACAUCCAGCGCAAGCGCUUCGUGGCCCUCAAAGUGGUGAAGAGCGCAGGGCAUUACACGGAGACAGCUGUGGAUGAGAUCAAGCUCCUGAAAUGUGUCCGAGACAGUGACCCCAGUGACCCCAAAAGAGAAACCAUUGUCCAGCUCAUCGACGACUUCAGGAUCUCAGGGGUUAAUGGAGUCCACGUGUGCAUGGUACUGGAGGUCCUAGGCCACCAGCUCCUCAAGUGGAUCAUCAAGUCCAACUACCAGGGCCUGCCCGUGCCCUGCGUGAAGAGCAUCGUGAGGCAGGUGCUGCGCGGCCUGGAUUACCUCCACACCAAGUGCAAGGUCAUCCACACGGACAUCAAGCCUGAAAACAUCCUGCUGUGUGUGGGCGACGCCUACAUCAGGCGCCUGGCUGCGGAGGCCACGGAGUGGCAGCGGUCAGGGGCCCCGCCCCCAUCCCGGUCCACAGUCAGCAGUGCCCCCCAGGAGGUGUUGACCGGUAAGCUGUCCAAAAACAAGAGGAAGAAGAUGAGGCGCAAACGGAACCAGCAGAAGCGGCUGCUGGAGGAGCGGCUUCGGGACCUGCAGAGGCUGGAGGCCAUGGAGGCAGCCGCCCAGGCCGAGGACUCUGGCUCAAGACUAGAGGGGGGCAGCGGCUCCACCUCCUCUUCCGGCUGCCACCCUGGGGGGGCCGCGGCCGGCCCCUCCCCGGCCUCCUCCUCCCCUGCCCCCGGGGGCAGCCGCAGCCUCAGCCCCAGCUCCCAGACCUCAGGCUUCUCGGGCUCCCUCUUCUCCCCCGCCUCGUGCUCCAUCCUCUCAGGCUCUUCCAACCAACGCGAGACCGGGGGCCUCCUGUCACCCAGCACACCAUUUGGUGCCUCCAACCUCCUGGUGAACCCCCUAGAGCCCCAAAAUGCAGACAAGAUCAAGAUCAAGAUCGCAGACCUGGGCAACGCCUGCUGGGUGCACAAGCACUUCACCGAGGACAUCCAGACACGGCAGUACCGGGCCGUGGAGGUGCUGAUCGGCGCCGAGUACGGGCCCCCAGCCGACAUCUGGAGCACGGCGUGCAUGGCCUUCGAGCUGGCCACUGGCGACUACCUGUUCGAGCCACACUCCGGAGAAGACUACAGUCGUGACGAGGACCACAUCGCCCACAUCGUGGAGCUGCUGGGAGACAUCCCCCCGGCCUUUGCCCUCUCAGGCCGCUAUUCCCGGGAGUUCUUCAACCGGAGAGGAGAGCUGCGGCACAUCCACAACCUCAAGCACUGGGGCCUGUACGAGGUGCUCAUGGAGAAGUACGAGUGGCCCCUGGAGCAGGCCACGCAGUUCAGCGCCUUCCUGCUGCCCAUGAUGGAGUACAUCCCCGAAAAGCGGGCCAGCGCGGCCGACUGCCUCCAGCACCCUUGGCUCAAUCCCUAGGCCCGGCUGGUGCUUUGGGCAGCGUGGGACGGUCCUGGCUGCCCCCGACCCCCAGCCCUCAGUGCCUUCAGGGAAAGCAGGACGGCUCCGCCCCACCCACCCUGCUGAGUGCCUCACACCGCCCGCCCGCCCUCUCACAACCCCCCCCCAGCAGGGCAGACAGAUACCAGGGCCAGGCCUGCCUUUCAGAAUUCGUUCUGCCCCCAACCCUCGCAGAGGGCCCUCUGAAUGGGAAGCGCACUGCCUGUUUUCUUAAU